CUACUUUUUCCUUCACUCAAGACGACGACCUCGCGAUACAUAUACCAACACGUAAGACGCUGUACUCGGCUCCCUUUAAACAACCUAAUACCCACUACCAACCCAACACCGACAUAAACAUGGCUGACACCGGUCUUCCUCCUGGCUGGGAGGUCCGACACUCCAACUCCAAGAACCUCCCCUACUACUUCAACUCGGCCGAGAAGCUGUCGCGAUGGGAACCCCCCUCCGGCACCGACACCGAAAAGCUCAAGCACUACAUGGCCACCAACCACAGCGCUGGUUCGCGUCCCGGUGCCGUUCCCGGUGUCCCCGAGGGCAAGAUCCGAGCUGCCCAUCUUCUCGUCAAGCAUCGCGACAGCCGACGACCCAGCAGCUGGAGAGAGGCAGAGAUCACUCGCACCAAGGAAGAGGCUUUCGAGAUCAUCAAGGAGCACGAGCAAAAGAUCAAAUCGGGAAGCGUCAGCCUUGGCGAGCUUGCUCUCACCGAGUCCGACUGCUCAUCUGCUCGCAAGCGAGGAGAUUUGGGAUACUUUGGCAGAGGUGAUAUGCAGAAGGAGUUUGAAGAUGCCUCCUUUGGUCUUUCGCCAGGCCAGAUGAGCGAGAUUGUCGAGACAGCCAGUGGUCUGCACUUGAUUGAGCGUUUGGAAUAAUUGGAAAAAAGUAUAUAAAUUAUCAAACGUUGUAAAUUGACAAAGCAGAGCGCAUCGUUAACGCCCCUCGCCCGUUGUCCGUCGAAGACAUGGACGCCUUUUUAAACCCGUGACGCAUACCAUGAACUCAUCUAGUGAGAUUACGCAUUAUCAAGUCUU